AUCAUAGUUAUCUUGCUAUACAUACAUCACUAAACUUUCAAAUACAAAGUCAAUUAAGCCAUGUUUGUACAACUCCCACACAUCAUCUAUUUCACAUGUUUAUACCAUACACCUACGUGUCCUCAUCUCUUCAAUGCAAAACAAUGUUCAUCCAAAAAAACGUAUUUUAUUUUAUACACAAAGUACAAGCUGUCUAUACACAUCAUCUGAUUCACUCUAGUUCAUUAAGAACAAAUGUGGUCACCCACCACUCACAUGUCCUCUAUUAACAAAAGCUGCCAUGUGCAUCUACAAAUGAAAGAGUGAAGACGAAACCUAAUACUCCAAAAAAUGAAAGAACAACAGGAAAUUGCAACAGAUGCAUCUACUUCCUUGAAUACUUAUAUACUCCAAAAAUCAAACACUAAUCAAAUCACAACCUUGUACACCGAAGAUGGAAUUUCAAGAAAUCGCAGGUUGUGAUGGAUUUUCAAGAGUGAAGAUGAAACCUAAUCGAGCAUGUGAGGGAAUCGGCAGGAGGUAUGGAAUCAACUGGAAGUGAGGCGGGAUGUGGAGUGGCCGCGGUCUGGUGUGGCAGGAGGUGGAAUCGCCGUCAGGAGACGCUGCCGGAGAGGGCACACAAUCGAUUGACUAUGAGCGAGCAAAAAACAAAGAAGGCUAAGAAGGCUGAUGAGGCUAUGAUUCCAUCUUUAGGUACUCUUGAAAUGCUCAAGACUUAUAGCUCCCUGAAUACGGUUUCAAUUGAGACAAUACUUAAAAAAUUCGACAGGGUUUCAAAUAAGAAAUUGUCGAGAGCGUACUUAGAAGUAGUCCAAAUGUCGCAUUUCGUGUGUGUGGAUAAGGUUGACGAUUUAAAGGAAUACAUAGAGACCUUUCAUACAACUUACUUUGCCAAUAACAUUAAGGAAGUAGCUAUGAAAAAGUUAAGCCCAUGCAAGAAAGAAAACUUGUGCACCGACACCUUCUUUGAUGCGUGUUUUUUAUUAGCAAGCAUCGGAUUUUUUUUGAUCUUAUACUGGGAUUCUUUUGCCUGGUUAACAAACAGGCUUUUCACCAUUGAAAAAUUGGCGAAAAUAUUUUUGUGUCUGUUGUACAAGGUUGAAAUUUUGGACACAAUUAUACUAGUAAGCAGCAUAUAUAAGAAGCCAGAUACAAACACUCCGGAACAUGGCCUCAGCUAUACGAGCGUUGUAUAUGGAAUCAGUAGUUUUCCAUACGUCUUAAGUGUGAUGCAGUGCGUGCAGAAAUAUAGAGAUGAUGGUGACAAGAAACAUCUCUAUAACAUCGCAAAACAUGUGUUCACCUUGUUGGCAGUAAUAUCCCGGAUCCGUGCAGGAAGUAUAUUGACGAGUUUUUGGAUUUUCAAGGUUGUUGGAUUUUCUAUUUUAGCCACUAUGGCUAGCGUAUAUUGGGACUUGUAUCAUGACUGGGGACUACUCAAUUUCAAACCCAACAACAAAGGUUUAAGAGAUUCACUUAUGCACAAGCGAAAAUAUAUAUAUUACACAACAAUGGCACUCAAUAUUCUUUUGAGAGUUAAUUGGGCAUAUAAUCUAAUUGAUUGGACUUUUAAAGUGCAAUGA